CAUUGCUAUGAACUAAUUUAUUUUACGCCUGAACAGUGAAAACAAUACUAGAGUCACGUUAUAAUUUUCCUGCAAGAUUUUUCGUAUCGCUGUGCUAGGAGGACAAUCACAAGGAAAGCACACAGCUAUACAACCACAAGGAAAGUAUAGGCAAGACUGGUGAUGUAGUCACCAAGGCUGGUGACUAAUGCUCGGUUAGCAUUAGUUAUAUCGUUCACUAACAAAAUGAUCUCUGGCAUGGCAUUUUGACGACCAGACAUCGCCUGCUGCAGCACGCUACAAUGUAUUGCCCAGGUGCCACGAAGCAAUGAGCGAGUACGGGUUCGACGAAGAAGAAGCUGGUCUGGUCGGAGCAGAGCGCGGCGGCCACCAGAGUGACAGUAGCGGCAGUCAUAACUACGUGACAGUGAUCCCUGUCGAGUACCACGGCCAGGGUGCCAGGCUGCAGCAACAACCAUCGCGCUAUGGCGGGCCUCAAGCCCCUCCCUCCAACCCGGAGUACGAGGCCUUCCCGCGCUCUGCUACCAUUUCCAGGGAAUUUCUAAGGGAAAGGGCAUCAGGUGAUUUCUUCCGAGCCAAAGACUACAAAGGAAGCACAGAUCAUCUUGACAAAACAUCUUCGACUUCCUCGUCUCCAAUGUACUACCCGGGAAUGGGACCUAUGGCCUUCGAGGUCCCCCAAAUGGGCAUCGACGGGAAAGGGGACAAACCGAACACAAAUGUCCACUCGCACGGUCCUAUGGGACAUCCAUCAGGUCCUGGUGGCCAGCCUAUUCACCCUACCGCCACGCUUCAGAGGCGACCACAUACACCACACACACCACACAUGGGCCACCCACACAACGUUGCGGUCGUCAAUACAGGGCAGGGCAACCCACACAACAUGGGUCCCCACGGCCACGCACACUCGUCGCAAGUGUCGGGACACUCGGAUUCCGAUUCCGGCGAGAAAAAAGUUUCUGCGAAGCCCGAAAUUGAUCGCAAAACAAAAACCAACAAUUCUAGCACCAGCAGCAAUAGCGGAGGCAGCGUAAACAGCAAUAGCACAACCAACACGUCCACCCAGGGCGGCUGCAUCAUCAACGCUGUCAAUAAAAACGGACAAAACUGUUCAGUAAGUCCAAGCGGAAGCAUCGUGGAUGCCUGCGUGUACCUACAUUCGCGCUUGGCCAUAAGACUUCGACUAGAGGACGGCAUGAGAGUGACAGCGAGAGAGCUGCUGGCGCUCAUCAUCGAGGAGGAGGAAAUGAACCUGCCCAAACAAGCGAUGGAGGUCUUUGCGAUCUGGAUGGUGUCUCCAUUGUUAGAGAUUCAACUAAAGCCCUUCCACCGGCCACUUGAAGUGCGCCGCCACUGGUCAGAGCUUCUCAGACGCUUCGGUCCAACGUCCCUUAGCGCACGGGACGAGAGACACGCUCAUGAGCCGAAAAUUGUCCUCAGACGAAACAUUUUCUUCACCAAGAGAGAGGAAGUCAAGAUACGGGACUGCAAAGUCCUCGAGUUGCUGUACGAGGAGGCCAAAUGGAACUUGCUUGCUGCUCGGUAUCCGUGUGAGUCUCUUGACUAUGAAAUGCUGGCUGGUAUACAAGCGAGGCUCGAACUCGGGCCUUACGACCACAACAGCCACACGCCAUCAUUCUUCAGGAGGCGUCUAUUGGAUUACCUCCCCGACCACGCGUGCCGCCUCAGGCUCAGCGACCUCGUCAGUUUCAACAGCAAGAGCACGCCGGAGAUUCGCAUCAUCGAGCAGUUCCGCUCCAUACCCAACAACGUACAGUGCCGCAAACUUACCCGCAAAUACUUGGAGUUCUGCUGGUCUCUGCCUUACUACGGGAGUGCCUUUUUCCACGGGCAAAUUGAGGUACCCCGACGAGGGACGUCGCUAUGGUUACCGCGACCAGACGUGCCGGUGCUGGUGGCCAUCAACGGGGCCGGAGUUUCGGUGGUAGACCACAACAACUCGACUGUGUUAUUAUCGCUGCGGUACGACGAGCUCUCGUGGGAGUUUGCACAGCCGAGCAACGACUGGAGCAGCGACUCCAUGCCGUGUCUCUUCCUGCAGUUCGCGGUGGUCGAAGGCGCAAGACGGUUUUCUAAAGUGCUGCAGAUUUUUUCUAAGCAGGCCGUCAUGAUGGACGCCCUCAUCAACAGCUUCGUAGAGGACAUCAAGCGUCGUGCAGCGCUGUACCCUGAUGACCUGGAUGGGCACAUGCUGGAUCAGGCCACCGAUGUUGACGACGUGUUGGUGCCACUGGCCACGGUUUCUCGCAAAGAAGUGCCAGACUCGACCCUGAGCAACAAGCUCGACAGAUUGUGCCUGGCGACCUUCACUGAAGACGGCCGAUGCGUGGGCACGAUGGGCUCGUGGCGCUUCCACAGAUGAGGCGCAAUGGGACAUCUCGUAUGACUGUGGCUGAACACGUCACUGAAGGUGGCAUCUGACACGUCGUUUAAGAUUGCGACGAGCGCUGCACUCAUGCCGGACAGAUCGAGCAGCGCUCAGGGCUCAUACUCCAGGAUGGAAAGUCCCGCCUUGAAUUGCAACUGAGAACCUGAUUGAGCGUCGUAUUCCUUCUAUUAAUUGUAACGAAAUACGAGCAAAGUAAAUUUACAUAUUUCAAACGUGGCUUUGGUUGCGGUAAAUUAUUUUGUUUGCUGCAAGAAUAGAUCUCAGUUGAUGUCUAUUCAUUUUCUUGACGAUCGAAUGAUUUCUUAAUUACAUUUUAGACGAAAUUCUGAUUAUGAGUUGUGAGAAGCAUUUUAACCAUUUUCCGUUUUAAUUGCUCGAUUUUUUCAUUUCGACAUU